ACUGAUGUGACCAACUUGAUAAUUAAGUUGAAAGAUGCGCAUACUUUCUACUUUCCAAUUUGUUAUACAAGAUUUACUUUUACUCAACAAUUGGCCUUAUAUUCUACAGUUACAACUGAUGGUUCACAGCAGAUCAAAGUCUUUAAGGAUACUUUGGAUUCAAGUAAUAAAGAUUGUGUGGUUGAUAAAAUCGAUGGUAAUCCAGCGUUGGAUGUUAUCAAGCAAUAUGCUAGCGAUACCGUAUUUAUCUCUAAAGAUCUUGGUGUUCGAUUCAAUAUGGCAUUAGCUUCAUUGGCAUUAGUUAAUGGAAACAUUCAACUUCAUCCGAGAUCCUCUCAAUUCAAUAUUCGGUUAAUCUUACCAGAUACAGAUUCUAUCACUUACACUUUAAAUUGUGGUUCAGGAACCAAAACUGUUGUAAGAGAAUGGGUGGCUUUUAUAAACAACGGAAAUGAUCUUAAUAGUUUUUCGGAUUCUUCUUCUUACUGGUCAAACUUCUGUGUUAAUCCUUCCGCACCCACACCUUCUCAGUCUCCUACAUCUACCCAAUCUCUUACAUCUACCCAACCUCCUACAUCUACCCAAUCGACUCAAUCUCCUACAUCGACUCAACUUUCUAAACCUAACCCUCCUAAUCCUACCCAACCUUCUAAACCUACCCCUCCUAAUCCUACCCAACCUUCUAAACCUAACCCUCCUAAUUCUACCCAACCCACUAAACGUUCUAAACCUAAAUCUUCCCGACAUCCUAAAUCUUUCCCGGAUUCACUUUUAAAAUUUGAAAUACCAAAACGUAAACGAUAUGAUCGUCGUAAAAAACAUCGAAAUGCUUUUGACCCUGUGCAAAUGAAUGAUGCUAAUUUAUUCCAAGAAGAUGUCGUGUUCAGUGAUGCCACAUUAGUUUCUAAUGCAAGUUUAGCUCAAUUUUACAAAUUGAAGAGUAAAAGUAAUAUUGGUAUUGCUUUGAUUUCGUCAGAAGCUGCUACUACUGAUGAUGCCUUUACUAGUCUUGCAAACGGUUUCAAAGCAUUGGCAAAUACUGGUGUUACUAAACUCAUUAUUGAUUUGUCAAAUAACGAAGGUGGCGAAACCGCUAUUUCUCACUUUAUUAAUAAAAUAUUAUUCCCAAACACAAAUCCUGCUUUCCCAACUGAUUGGAGCCUUACUGACAUUAAAAAGGCUGCAAUUAAAGCCGUUGACGUUACAAAUCCUCCAUUCUCU